GUCUACGACGUGCUACGGAGGCACGAGUUACGUAUCGUGAUACUGCUAUCACUUACGCGCGGUCUCAGUUCAGACUUCCGCGUAAUGUUAUCACACGCUUAAAACUGCUAACUGUGUAUAAGUGAUAAUCUUAAACUUUUAUGUGAACCCUGUUAUGGAAUUAAAUUAAAAUGUACUAUGUUUGUCGAAUGGCUACACGUUUUGUGAAAGAAAUUCUAUACCUAAGGGAUACAAAGUUUCGGUUGGCGUAGACUACCACAUGGAAGUGCGUAGGUGAGGGCGCAAGGCGGGCGUUGCGCCCAGCCUGCGCCCGCCCAUGGCAUCAGCAUUCUGCGUCAGAUCCGUGGUGCGUUGGCUGGUUACGGCGUUGGCGUGGACCGUCCUGUGCGAAGCUAGUCCUCAAGGAUUUACUUCUACUCUCGUGCCAUCCUGCCCUACUCAGUGCAUCUGCCUUUCACAAUCUCAGGUUGUGUGCAAUAGUGCUACGCUUCGGGGUGUACCGUCAGCGCUGAGCUCUAGCGUGAUGCAAUUAUCUUUGUCUAGAGCGGAUUUGCGCGUCCUUCGGUCAGACGCUUUCGCCCAUUUACGACAGCUACGGCGGCUCUCACUUGACGCCUGCAACCUUACGCGCAUUCGCCCCUUUGCCUUCCGGGGAUUGCCCCGUCUCAACGAGUUAUACAUACAACAUACACCGCUGGCGACGGUCGACGCAUUCGCCUUUGCCGCCCUCCAAAACAUAUCCUCGAUCGUUCUAACGCAUAACAGAAUCGCGCAGAUCGAAGGCUACGCGUUCGCGGGAACUAAUUUUAUAAAACUUAUUUCACUACGCAACAACCCAAUCAAGCGAAUCCUAGCGCAUGCAUUCUCCGGCCUCAACGACGUCUCCCAGAUAGAGCUCCCGUCCGGAAUAAGGUCGAUCGAACCGCAAGCAUUUGCGGGAUUAGAAGGAGUCGGCGUGUUAGAGCUGGCAUAUAUGGACUUACCGGCACUUUUACAGGACACUUUUCAUGGCUUGACUCGAGUGGGUCGUCUCGCACUUAGAGAAUCGGACUUAGGAGUAAUAAAAGUCGGCGCCUUUGAUGGUUUACGACGAGUCGAGACCCUGGAGAUGUGCAACAAUAAGAUAGAUGGGAUCGAGGAGCUCUCUUUAAUACAGAACAACAGUGUCCAUACCUUUAAAUUAACCGGUAAUCAUAUGCUGGAGACUCCGGAGGCAGUCGUGCUGGAAGUGGAGAAUGUAGUGAUUCGCGGCAAUCACUUGCCCUGCGAGUGCGGACGCGAUCCUUUGGCGAACCCGCUGGCACUGACGGAGGAUUUCGCGGAAGAGAACUUGUGUAUAUCUCCGCUGAAGAUUCGCGGGCGAAGCUUAGCGAGCGCGGCGGGCGCGGCGUGCCGCGGCGAGGGCGGGGGCAGCGCACGCGCACGCGCCUCCGCCGGCGCCUGUCCCGGCCACACGUUGGCGCCUCGCCUCGCAUUUACCUUUGCAGCGUUCGCUUUCCUCGCAAACAGCUAACCGCCCUCAGUGUUCAAUUAUCUAUAUUGUAUGUGUCUGUAAAUAUUGUAUCAUAACUGAGUAUAAAUGCGAAAUUUUACAUUGAAUGGGUCCUUUCAUUCAGUAAUAUGUUGGACCAUGAA